GUGCGGGGUGGAGCCUGGGCGAGUCACGUGGGUCGGUGCGCGCUCAGUGCGGCUGCGCCGGCCGGUAGCUGCAGCUGGAGCGGUGGCGUUUGGAGAAGACGCGAAACUGGAUGGCUUCUACAGGGAGCCAGGCCUCUGAUAUAGACGAGAUUUUUGGAUUCUUCAGUGAUGGCGCACCCCCCACCAAAAAGCCCAGGAAGCUGCUUCCAAGCCUAAAAACUAAGAAGCCUCGAGAACUUGUGCUAGUGAUUGGAACAGGCAUCAGUGCUGCAGUUGCACCUCAAGUUCCAGCCCUCAAAUCCUGGAAGGGGUUAAUUCAGGCCUUACUGGAUGCUGCCAUUGAUUUUGAUCUUUUAGAAGAUGAAGAGAGUAAAAAGUUUCAGAAAUGUCUCCAUGAAGACAAGAACCUUGUCCAUGUUGCCCAUGACCUUAUCCAGAAACUGUCUCCUCGUACCAGUAAUGUUCGAUCCACAUUUUUCAAGGACUGUUUAUAUGAAGUAUUUGAUGACUUGGAGUCAAAAAUGGAAGAUUCGGGAAAACAGCUACUUCAGUCAGUUCUCCAUCUGAUGGAAAAUGGAGCCCUUGUAUUAACUACAAAUUUUGAUAAUCUCCUGGAACUGUAUGCAGCAGAUCAGGGGAAACAGCUUGAAUCCCUUGACCUUACUGAUGAGAAAAAGGUCCUAGAGUGGGCUCAGGAGAAGCGGAAGCUGAGCGUGUUGCAUAUUCAUGGAGUCUACACCAACCCUAGUGGCAUUGUCCUUCAUCCAGCGGGAUAUCAGAACGUACUGAGGAACACUGAAGUCAUGACCUGCCUUGUGUGUAUCUUCACAAUGUCAAUAUGUUGUAUCUUUUCCUUCAAGAGAGAGAUUCAGAAACUCUACGAAAACAAGUCAUUUCUUUUCCUGGGCUGUGGCUGGACUGUGGAUGACACCACUUUCCAGGCCCUUUUCCUGGAGGCCGUCAAGCAUAAAUCUGACCUAGAACAUUUCAUGCUGGUUCGGAGAGGAGACGUAGAUGAGUUCAAAAAGCUUCGAGAAAACAUGCUGGACAAGGGGAUUAAAGUCAUCUCCUAUGGAGAUGACUAUGCUGAUCUGCCAGAAUAUUUCAAGCGACUGACAUGUGAGAUCUCCACAAGGGGUAGAUCAGCAGGGAUGGUGAGAGAAGGUCAGCUAAAUGGCUCAUCUGCAGCACACAGUGAAAUCAGAGGCUGUAGUACAUGAGCAAGCUAGAGAAAUCACCACCGUUAGACCAAGCUGUUGGGCCCUACCAUGGACGGUGUUUAAAAAGUAAACUUACAAGAAGCCAACACAGCUCCCAGAAAGUACCAAUAGCCAGAGGUUGAAGGGUGGGGUAGAACAGGAGGGGAAUGUUCCAGUGUAAUCCUUCAUGCCACCUGGUUCUUGAUAUUCUGUUGCCUGUUCAAGAAUACAAGUGACAGCAGGACCCAAAUGCAGCUCCCGACCCACUCCCCGGGCUGGACAUGCUUGUGUCCACAGCACACUAAUGUGGUACCUCCACUGACUGGCUGCAGCUCUGCAUGAAGGACUUGGGGUCUACACGCCAUGGACUCACCGUGGCUCUUGUUGCAGUUUUGUACUCUAUAAUGGGUUUUUCAAUUAAGCUUAAUGGCUUUUUUAAAAACAUGACUUGAAGCUCUAGUUUUCUAGAUCUUUUACAGUGUACAGUAUUUUACGUAACUGAGCUGUAUUAAAAGCUUGUUCAUUUACUUGCCAGGA